AUGAUCGAGAAACCGCCCAUCCGGAUCGGAAACGUCUCAGGCGCGACGGGCGACCACCCCCACGCCAUGGCGCGCAUGAUCCGCUCCGGCAACGUCCACGUCGUCACGGGCGACUGGCUCUCCGAGAUGAACAUCGCCUGGAACGCCAUCACCCGGCGCGACGUCGACCCGGGCCUCGGCUACGAGGUCGGCUUCUACGAGCAGCUCGAGGCGUGCCUCGACGACGUCAUGGCCCGGGGGAUCCGCGUCGUCACCAACGCCGGCGCCCUCAACACCGCUGCCCUGUUCGACAAGGUCAGGAAGCUUUGCGAGUCCAGAGGCUACCCCGCGGGCUCCGUCGCCGCCGUCCUAGGGGACGACGUUUCCGGCCUGUUGCGAUUGGAUCGGUCGUCGACGAGGCGGCGAGAAGCCGACGACGGCCUGACGUUCCCGCACCUCGACCACCCGCACACGACGCUCGACGACUGGGGCUUUGAGCCCUGCUGCGGCAACGCCUACAUUGGGUGCUGGGGCAUCGUCGAGGCCCUAAGGGCGGGCGCGCGCAUCGUCGUCUGUGGGCGGUGCACCGACGCGUCGCCCGUCAUGGGCGCCGCGGCCUGGUACUACGGCUGGCGCGAGGACCAGUACCAGGAGCUCGCCGGCGCGCUGCUGGCGGCGCACCUCAUCGAGUGCGGACCCUACGUCGUCGGCGCCAACUUCUCCGGCUUCAAGGACUUCCUCCCGGAGCUGGUCGAUCUCGCGUUCCCCGUCGCCGAGAUUGGCCGCGACGGGGGCUGCGUCAUCGGCAAGACGGCCGAGGGCGGCGGGCGCGUUACUCGGCAUACGGUCACGGCGCAGCUGCUGUACGAGCUACAAGGCCAUCUGUACCUCAACCCGGACGUGGUGGCGGACCUGUCGCACGUCCGUGUCGAGGAGCAACACGAUGGUUCCGGGAAGGAUCGGGUCCGCGUAUGGGGCGUGAAGGGUCUGCCGCCGCCGCCCACGACAAAGGUCAUGUUCGCCGCAGAGGGCGGAUACCAGGCCGAGGCGACUUUCUACAUCAACGGCCUCGACGUGGAGGAGAAGGUGGCCAUGAUGAAGAACCAGUUGGCCCACCUCUUCAGGGACAGUAACUUCAGUCGGCUCAGCAUCGAGCAGUACGGCACGCCGACGCGGAACCCUAGCUCCCAGCAGGCCGGCACCGUGAAGCUUCGGGUGUUCGCGCAGGCGAGGAAGAAGGAGGACAUCGCGGCCGUCAAGUUCAAAGUGCCCAUCUACGCCGUGCGGAUGCAGAGCUACCCCGGCUACCACAUGUCGCUGGACUUCCGGACCAUGGACCCGAAACGGUUCAUGGAGAUCUUCCCGGCCCUGAUGCCCCAGUCGGCCAUCGAUCACCGGGUGCUUUUGGGUACCGGGGAACUGGUACAUAUCCGGCCGCCGAGCAACACGGCCACGUACAAGGUUGCUCGACCGUCCUCCGACACGGCGGGCCCGGUCGACCUGGUAUCGCUGGGUCCGACUGAGUUCGCGCCGCUAGGCAGCAUCGUCCAUGCGCGGUCCGGCGACAAGGCCGACAACUCCAACGUCGGCUUCUUCGUCCGCCACGAGGACGAGUUCCCCUGGCUGCGGACGCUAUUGUCGGUCUCCCGACUGAAACAGCUGCUGGGCGACGACUGGUACAAAGGCAACCCGGAUCGGAGGGUGGAACGGGUUGAGUUCCCUGGCAUCAACGCGGUGCACUUGUGA